AUCGAUAGUGUCUUCGAUGGUUUUGCAGCCCUCUAAUUCUCUCACAAACGGCCUUGUUCUCUCGCUCUUUGUGUGAGCGAUUGGUUGAGAGUUUCUAGAGACACGCGUCUGAGCAUAAAAAACGCGAACUCGUCGGAAAAAUUAAAAUUUCCAAGCGUAGCACAAUUACAAAAACCGCUUGUAAUUGUCGAGCCACAAGCAGGCCGUAUAAGUUCGAAGUUGAUCGAUUCAAAAAUUGAACAAAGGAACUGUGAGAAGUACAGACUUCAUUUGAAAUUCCACAUAAGAACGUAGUAGCAGCAGCUUGUGGAACGUAAGAAGUUGUCGGAAAAACUAAUGAAAAACGUAUAGACACAAAGUGCAACACAAAUACUGAAGAAAGAGAGAAACAAUUUUCACACAUCUUUUUUUGUCGCAAAUAGCAAGUGUGCACCCGAACAAAGCGUAACAACUGCAAAAUUUUCCUAAACGGAAAGCAAGAAAAAACAAGCAACUGAUUGGAGGAUAAUAUGAGUAAUGCUAUUAACCAAAAUGGCACAGGUCUAGAGCAGCAAGUUGCUGGUCUGGACUUGAAUGGCGGCUCAGCUGACUACAGCGGCCCCAUAACAAGCAAGACUUCCACUAACUCGGUCACCGGUGGUGUUUAUGUGCCCCCGCAUCUUCGUGGUGGUGGUGGCAACAACAACGCAGCGGAGGUAGAUAGCCAGGGCCAAGGCCAGGGCUUCGAUUCGAGAGCCGCUAAUCCGCGCGCCGACAGCAGGGAACCGCAGCAGAACCGCAGCGGUGAGUAUCGCAGAGGCGGCGGCGGCGGUGGUCGUGGCUACAAUCGUCAGAGCGGCGAGUACGGAAGUUUUGGCGGCGGAGGACGUCGUGGAGGAGGUGGUGGCGGUCGCUUUGAGGACAACUACAACGGUGAUUUCGAAUCGCGUCGUGGAGGCGACUGGAAUCGCAGUGGUGGCGGCGGUGGACGAAGCUUCGGUGGGGAUCGGCGAGGUCCCUCGUAUCGCGGUGGUGGAGGCGGCAGUGGUACUGCCCUUGACGAACAGCCCGAUGAGGGCCAACAACAGCCGCAACAGCCACGCAAUGAUCGCUGGCAGGAGCCAGAGCGCCCAAGCGGCUUUGAAGGCGGUGUCGAAGGCGGCGCUCCGGGAGCAGGCGGAAACAGAACCUUUAACAAUCGCGGCGAACGCGGAGGCGGCUCUGGCUACAACAGUCGCUGGAAGGAAGGCGGAGGCGGCAACACCGACUACACAAAACUGGGAGCCAGGGACGAGCGUUUGGAGCAGGAGCUGUUCGGCGUCGGCAACACGGGCAUCAAUUUUGACAAAUACGAGGAUAUACCCGUGGAGGCGACGGGCCAGAAUGUUCCACCUAAUAUCACAACGUUCGAUGAUGUGCAGCUGACGGAGAUUAUUCGCAACAACGUGAGCCUUGCGCGUUAUGACAAACCGACACCGGUGCAGAAGCACGCCAUACCGAUCAUCAUCAGCGGACGUGAUCUGAUGGCCUGUGCCCAGACCGGCUCCGGCAAGACGGCCGCCUUUCUCGUGCCCAUCCUUAAUCAGAUGUACGAGCACGGUAUGUCGGCGCCGCCGCAGAACAAUCGACAGUAUAGCCGGCGCAAGCAGUAUCCGUUGGGUCUGGUGCUGGCACCGACCCGCGAGCUGGCUACCCAGAUCUUUGAGGAGGCCAAGAAGUUCGCCUACCGUUCUCGCAUGCGUCCGGCCGUUCUUUACGGCGGAAACAACACCAGCGAGCAGAUGCGCGAGCUGGACCGGGGAUGCCAUUUGAUUGUGGCCACACCGGGGCGAUUGGAGGACAUGAUCACGCGCGGCAAGGUGGGUCUGGAAAAUAUUCGCUUUCUAGUACUGGACGAGGCCGAUCGCAUGUUGGACAUGGGCUUUGAGCCGCAGAUCCGUCGCAUUGUGGAGCAGCUAAAUAUGCCACCCACUGGGCAGCGGCAGACGCUGAUGUUCUCGGCCACAUUCCCAAAGCAAAUUCAGGAACUGGCGAGCGAUUUUCUCAGCAACUACAUUUUCCUCGCCGUGGGCCGAGUGGGCUCUACGUCCGAGAACAUUACUCAGACCAUUCUCUGGGUCUACGAGCAGGACAAGCGCUCGUAUCUUCUCGAUCUGCUCUCCUCCAUACGCGAUGGGCCCGAAUAUAGCAAGGACAGCCUGACGCUCAUUUUCGUGGAGACAAAGAAGGGGGCGGACUCGCUGGAGGAGUUCCUCUAUCAGUGCAGCCAUCCGGUGACCAGCAUUCAUGGAGACCGCACGCAGAAGGAGCGCGAGGAGGCUUUGCGCUGCUUCCGCUCCGGCGAUUGCCCGAUUCUGGUGGCCACCGCUGUGGCUGCCCGUGGUCUGGACAUUCCACAUGUUAAGCAUGUCAUCAACUUUGAUCUGCCCUCGGAUGUGGAGGAGUAUGUCCAUCGCAUUGGCCGUACCGGCCGUAUGGGCAAUCUCGGCGUGGCCACGUCCUUCUUCAAUGAAAAGAACCGCAACAUUUGCUCGGAUCUGCUGGAGCUGCUGAUUGAGACGAAGCAGGAGAUUCCUAACUUCCUGGAGGAUCUGCUCAGCUCGGAUCGUGGACAUGGCGGAGCAAAGCGUCGCGGAGGUCCUGGCGCCCGCUAUGGCGGCUCUGGCUUUGGCUCACGCGAUUACCGCCAGAGCUCUGGCGGCGGCGGCGGUGGUAGUCGCGGCGGCAGUGGGCCCCCUCCCCGCAGCAGUGGCGCUGGAGGCGGUGGUGGCGGAAGCUUCCGCAGCAAUGGAAACUCGUACGGUAAGUUUGGAGGCAACUCUGGUGGUGGCGGAUACUACGGAAGCAGCGGCGGUGGUGGCGGAUCCUAUGGCGGCUCGUAUGGCGGCGGCGCCGCCUCGCACUCAAGCAACGGUCCGGAUUGGUGGGGUCAAUGAGAAAGGCCUCAUCCGCAGGGCCAGGGGUACCAACGGCCUGUGUACGCCACGCCGAGGGAGCAGCAGCAGCAGUCGCACUCGCAUCAUAGCAACUUUCGCAAUUAACUAAAGAGAACUAAAGAGAGAAGAGAAAACACAAACAGAGAUCAGUUGGUCAGUCGAUAGAAACUAUAUAUUAUGUACACAUACAUACAUAUAUUAUAUAGGAACAGCAAAUGUGAAAGAGGAUCUGUCUGUGCGCAGCGCAACACACACAAAACAGCAAACACACAAACACGGACACACAGAAAUAGAUCUUGACCAUUUAUCAGCUAUCCCUCAAGUCGAACACCAACACCAACCAUAACCCAACCCCAUACCCAAUAGAAGCAAAAAUAAUAAAUGCUAAAAAAUAAACUUAAAAAGUAUGUUAUUCAUGUAAAGAGCGUACACUCAGGCCUAUCCAUCCCCCAUCUGCCCCAUCAACGAAACAGCAACAACAAAUUCAUUGAAGCGAAAAGGAAGGAAAGGAUUUAAAAACAGACAUACACACACACAUAUUACAAAUAUGAUAAACACCACAAUAUAAGAAUAUUUAAGCAACAGA